GUGUCAGCUUGACAGGAUUUUCUUUGGUGAGGAGGGUUGAUAACUUGAGGGGCGUGAUGCAGAUGAUGAGGGUAGAUGGUUAGGGUUUCGAUUUCCUCAAUUUAGUCAUUACGUUGUCACCGGUUUUUGGUUUUGCCAGAAAGAAGCUCUGCUUGUCUAGUUGCUUAUUUUUUUGCCCUUUUAAUCCUCCGUUAUAUCAUAUCUAUUUGAGAGAACAGAAAAGUUCAGGUUUUUGGGAGGGAAGUUUGGAGAUUUCAGUGACAUGAAAGAAUACUUCAGGUCUCUGAUCAUUUAAGCCUGGGCGUUGAUGGUUUUUAUCCGAAGUCUUCUUUUAACGCUGGGUUUUGAUCCUGAUCAUAUUUUUGAGGUCAUUAAUUUAAUUUUUGAGCCCAUGGCUGUUAUUCUUUGAAGGAAGUGUAUAAAGAAAAUAUUUUUUAGCUUUCUGGUAAUGAGAAUGGUUACCAUGUCAAGGAAUCUCUUGUAUGAAAACAAAUUUUAGUCAUUUGAGUUCACCAAAUAUAUAUAUAUAUAUAUUUGCAGUUAGGUUAGAUUGUAUUGGCGGAUGAUUGAAUUCUGUUUGGUUGAAAAUCAUUAGGUUUUGGGGGAAAAAAAGGUAAGUAAACCACUGAAUCUAGGCUUAGUUUAGAUAACUGACUUGGUUUUGGUUGAAGAAAUCAUUGAAUUCUUUCAUAUCUGAGGAAACGUUGUCAAAUCUGCUGCAUCCAGUCAUUCGUGCUUGAGAUUUUUUGAAGAUUUGACCUUCAAUUUUAUAAGCCUCUGUUUCAAUUGAUCAUGGAUGCUCUUCCAGUAACGAUUCCCAAUUCCGCCUCCUAAUUUGCGUCUUGCAUUCCCCUCAUAAUCCUUUUGCAAUCUUUGGCCUCCGAAAGAGCUUACUCAUCGGAACCUUUCAGCUCGGAAUCGAACCAUGGCCGUCUCUUUAACCCGUUUCUCCUGUUGGCUAUGGGGUAGCAAGGAGAAAGAGCCUGUGUCCAAUAGUUCUACUCUGAAUUCAUCUUCUGAUUGGGGUUUCUCUCUUAAGGAACGAGAGACUGUGAAAUUUCCUUCGGUGAAGGGAACGAAGAUCACAGCAUCUCACAGGAAGGUUAAACGAAAAUGGCAGAGCAGGGAGCAGAGGAGGGUCGACAGGGAGUACGACGUCGUAUUGGUGCCAUCUGACGGUGGCGUGUGUUUGUCGGGAUCAGAAUCUGAUGACUCGGACUGGUCUAUCGGUUGGCUGGAGCCUCACGGCUCGGAGUUUCAGAGCGAUGAUGAGUCGGAUAAUAGUUUUGCGGUGUUGGUUCCCUGCUAUAGACCUGGCUGCAAGGAGGUGGAGAGUUCAAAAAACGAGCUUUUGAGUGCGAUCAAGAAUUUCCCAGAUGAAUUCUCUUCUGGCAAGAACUAUCUGGAACAUUGGCUGGCUUCUCUUGAAAAUUUUGAAGCUUAGUACUAAUGACAAGUGGACCUUUCUGACAAGAACUACCACAAGUAAUGAACAUUGAUGAGAACUAUUGCCUCUCCUUCCUAGGAUUUAGCAUGUUUUGAGAAGAUUCAAACCUGUGGCCAUUUUGCUGCUGGGGCAUGUUAGCUGUCAUUGUAGAUACCAUAUUUUAUUGUGAAUAUGUAAAUAGAGUAAAUGGAAGCAAAAUGAGGGAGAUAAAUAGGCCUAAUCUACAUGCUUUUAGUAGUGUUUCAGUCUCUCGUGUAAAAUGACCGCCCAUUUUUCAGCCCUAAUGAAGCUCAAAUCAUUCUGUGUG